CGCUGUUUACGCAGCUGGAGGACCGGAGGCAGGGAGCAGAGCCGGUGGAGGAAGAUGCUCACGGCGGCUCAGAGGUGCUGCCUCCGCGGGUUUGUGCAGAGGCGGUGCGGGACUAAAAUGCACCGGAGCGGACCGGAUGUUCUGGUUCUGGUCGGGCUGGCUGGCUGAGUAGAAGUUUUUGGAUCCGUGUUACCAUUUCCAGGUCAGAAGCGACGUUUCCUGUGCGGCUGGUUUGCACCAACAUGGCCGGAGAUGGCGGCGCUCUGAAGGAUAUCAAUGAGAUUAAGUCCCAGUUCCGGACCCGGGAGGGCUUCUACAAGCUGCUCACCCUCUCGGACUCGCAGCAGCGGGGCGGGCUGCCGCGAGGUCCGUCCGCCGGAGCCACGCUGGGGCCCGGGUCAGCCGGACCGAUCCCCGGCGGAGGGGUCGGGCUGCUGCAGGGGCCCGGGGCCGCCGCCUCCUCCUCCAAUGCCGCAGCCAACUCCUCUCCGGCGGGCUUCCUGCCGCCCGUCCGGGUCUCCAUGGUGAAGCUGCAGCCCGAAGACCCGAGCGAGGAGUCGGAGCGGGUGUGCUUCAACAUCGGCCGGGAGCUGUACUUCUACACCUACACCAACAUCAAGAAGGCCGUAGACCUCAGCAAACCCAUCGAUAAGAGAAUCUAUAAAGGAACCCAGCCGACGUGCCACGACUUUAACCAGUACUCGGCUACGGCGGAGAGCGUGGCGCUCAUCGUGGGUUUCUCCGCCGGUCAGGUCCAGUAUCUGGACCCCAUCAAGAAGGAAACCAGUAAGCUGUUCAACGAGGAGAGGUUGAUAGACAAGUCCAAGGUGACGUGUCUGAAGUGGCUCCCCAAAUCGGAGAACCUGUUCCUGGCCUCCCACGCCAGCGGUCACCUUUACCUGUACAACGUGGACCACCCCUGCGGCACCACCGCCCCUCAGUACUCGUUGCUGCGGCAGGGCGAAGGCUUUGCCGUCUACGCCUGCAAAAGCAAGACGCCGCGUAACCCACUGCUGAGGUGGGCUGUCGGCGAGGGAGGCCUCAAUGAGUUCGCCUUCUCUCCUGAUGGCGUGCACGUGGCGUGCGUGGGCCAGGAUGGCUGCCUACGCGUCUUUCACUUCGACUCCAUGGAGCUGCAGGGGGUGAUGAAGAGCUACUUUGGCGGACUGCUCUGCGUGUCCUGGAGUCCUGAUGGGAAAUAUCUCGCCACUGGCGGUGAGGACGACCUGGUCACCGUCUGGUCGUUUGCUGAGAGCCGUGUGGUGGCAAGGGGUCACGGCCACAAGUCUUGGGUCAAUGUGGUGGCGUUUGACCCCUUCACAACCUCCUUGGAGGAUGAGGAACCGAUGGAGCUUAGUGGCAGUGAGGAGGACCUCCACCAGGGGGCGCAGAAUAACUCCAUGCACUUUGGCCGGGUUCGAACAAGCAGCACAUUGUCUCGGCUUUCUCGGCACAGUUCCAAAGGCGGUGGCUCUCCGUCGGUCACGUACCGGUUCGGCUCGGUGGGGCAGGACACCCAGUUCUGUCUCUGGGACCUGACAGAUGACGUGCUGUUUCCCCGCCUGCCCCUGUCCCGUGCUUUUACCAACACGUUUGGGCCGUCGCUGCCCAACUCGGGCAGUGGGGGGGUCAACAGCAGCUCAGGUGGGGGAGGGAGUGGAGGGGUGGAAGGACACCAUCACCCACCCAGCACCAACACCGGCACCUCCAACCCGCCCACGCUCCCUUUACCUCUCCCACGCUCCCUGUCCCGCUCCAACUCCCUACCCCACCCCACGGUGGCAAACGCCUCCAAAGGUCAGGGUGCCUCUGAGGGGGGAGGAGGAGGGGGGGGAGGAGGGGGAGGGAGCAGUGGCGGGGGUAACAGUACUCCGUUCAGCAUCGGGCGCUUCGCCACACUGUCCCUUCAGGAGCGUAAGUCGGACAAAUCUGGAGGGAGCGGCAGCGUGGAGAAGGAGCACAAGCGGUACCACAGUCUGGGCAACAUCAGCAAGAGCAACGACAAGAUCAACGUGGCGCCGAGAAGCAGCCGGCUGGAUGGCGCCAAGGUCCUGGGCACCACGCUGUGUCCGCGCAUGCACGAGGUGCCGCUGCUGGAGCCGCUGGUCUGCAAGAAGAUCGCACACGAGAGGCUAACCGUCCUGGUUUUCAUGGACGACUGCAUCAUCACCGCCUGCCAGGAGGGCCUCAUCUGCACCUGGGCACGGCCGGGGAAGGCGAACCUGGCUGCACAGAAUGGGAACUCUCCGAGCGGCACGGUGGUAUAGCUGGAGGAGAAGCCCCGUCUCAUCGUUUGUCAUCGUUUUCAGGGUUCGACGGCAUCGUCGCCACCCACUGACACGUUACCGGGGCCAACUAGCAGAGAGCGUGGCCCCGCCUGCCGCUGCAGUAUUAAACCCUCAGUGUUACCCCACCUGUCCAUGAGGGAGGACACCUGAAGCCUGAAGCACUGAUGCUGGACCAGAACGCCUUUGGGGUUGUGUGAAGCAGCGAAGGGCUGUCAGCGUUUCAGCUGCAGCAGGUUUAGAGAAGUGAAGCUAACAGCUGGCCAGAGCCGGAAGCUAAAAAAUGAUUCCCGUCAACCUAAAAGUUCUCCAGACUUCCCUAGCAGCAGGCUAUUCUCACAUUUCCUUUUUGCGUGUGUCAGAUGAAGGCUGUGACGUCUGACCCGAGCCAACAACGACGACGUCAUAAAAGCAGACGAACGUUUAGACUCGCGUGAAUCAGAAGCAACGAUCUCAACUCCAAAGCUUUUAUUUGCUCUACAGAAACAAACCUGGAACUGCCCCCUGUUGGCGCCAGGGCGUUAUUCCGUAAUCCCAACAAACCUCUUCUGUUCACUUCCACACAGGAAACAGUAAACCUCCGGUUUGUUCUUGCUUUAACGUUUCCUCUUGGUUAGACGCGUUUAGGGCAGAAACCAGGACUUUAGGCUUCUGUUGACUCGGUAAACGCUGGCUGACCUCCCUCUUCUGGCCUCUGCACCAGUCAGGAGCUUCCACCCCCCCCAUCAGUGCUUCAGUGGGUUCAGGAGGAAACGCCGUCAGAGGGCCUGCCUCACCCACCCUGACUGAUGAAAAGCUGCAUCCAUGUGACGUCUCCUGUGCGUCCGUCUCUGUAAAGGUGGAGGAAGCCACGGCCGCUCUGUUUAAGUUAUUUCUGUGCUCAGAGGACUUGUAGUAAUUUAUACUGUAAAUACCGGCGGCAGCAGCGAUGGAGAGUAUUAUCUAUGAAGAAGCUUCUAUUGUACAGAACAGUUAUAAACUAAUGUCUGCUGUUUGA